GAGAGAGAGAGAGAAGGGGAAGCUAUGAAUGAUGAUGGAGGAAGUUAAAAAGGGCGGGGUCAACUGUCCGCCCAUCAUCUUCCAUUUUCUCUUUCCGUUACUUGUUUCCACAGAUGCUGUGUUCGACUUUGGGUGUGAUAUAAGUUUAAAAUGAACAGCAAGGUUUUGUUACGAGAGGUGGCAUUUUUACUGUUGCUUUGCCUGAGAGGUUAUGCAGCUGAAACCACUGAACCUUUUUACAGCACCACUGAACCCAUGGAGAGUGCUAACGUAAUUUCCACAGAGAUGACAACGGAUCCAGUAACCACUGAACACCACAACGACGCCACAUCUCCAGCACCUGAAAAUAUCUCCACCAAUAUCUCCACCAAUAUCUCCACCAAUGUCUCCACCAAUAUCUCCACCAAUCUCUCCACCAAUAUCUUGACCAAUGUCUCCACCAAUAUCUCCACCGUUACCCAUGUGACUCCAAUCGAGACGUCCACAGUCAAUGCAACACAAACAGUGACCGUGAAGACCGUCAGCUCCAAAGCUUCGGGGGCGAAACACAAUUCUACUACAGUAAAAUUGGAGAAAAGACUGGAUGAGGAUAAACAAUUUAAAUACGAUGAUGAGUCGCUGCGCCGAGGAGGGUUGUGCAUUGCUGCCAUUCUCUUUGUGAUGGGGAUCCUGGUUCUUGUGUGUGGUAAAGUGAAACGAAUACCACGCUGUCGGGUUAACAAAGGAAGUUCAUACGAGGUGACCAAAAGUUAGCGCUCGACCCAGCAUCGAUCACAGGCUCAUCAAUAAAGUGAAACGCAGCAGAGGAAACACGGAGGAGCCGGACGGACCCGUUCUGACAGUAGUUACACACUUAUUUCCCCAUGUGACAAAAAAACAACAACAAGGGCAAGAUGGAGAGAUUGUGUGCGUUGAGUGUGUUCAUUAUUUUAAACUGAUAUGUGGGUUUGUCACACAAAGGCAUUGGGGAAUAAAGAGUGUGCUGUCGUGCGGCACUAAAAAUGCCAGCGGAAACCCAACGGCUGGAUCCCAGCGUAAUCACACAUUUCAGACACAAAAUCCCUUCAUUCCCCCAGCACCAAACCGCUCUGAGCGUCAAACUUUGUUCAACACAGACCUGUACUUGUGUUUUUAUUAUUUUUCAAUAUUCUGCAUCUUCAGAUGUGUCAAUCAUUUUGUAUAAGAGGGAAAAGAGUUAUGUAGCUCACAAGCACCCUCGUGAGGCCAUAUGGGAUAUUUACUGUAAACCACAACAAAACAGAAUAAAAGUAUAAUGUGUACUA